AUGGGCGUACCUGGCUCGGUCAGUCACGUCUCGCCCCUGAAGAAGCCCUUCUCCAGCAACGUCAUCGCUCCCCCGAAGUUCCCACGCACUGGGGGAUCACUGGGGCCUAAGUCCUGGAUAGAGGAGAACUUGUUCCGCACAGACGGCAACAGCAACACCUUGUUGCCAAUGCAGGACCGCACCAGAAUGUACGACAGUCUGAACAUGCACUCCCUGGAGAGCUCCCUGAUCGACAUCAUGCGAGCUGAGCAGGAUCCAAUGAAAGGCCGCUCCUCCCUCUUCCCCAUUGAUGACAAUCUCCUCGAUGAUGGCCACGGCAACCAGGGGGUCCCAGGAGUCCUCGGCUCCCCCAGCGGUUACCCCCACCAGAAUGGGGAACGCAUUGAGCGCUUCUCCCGCAAGGUGUUUGUUGGAGGUUUGCCCCCUGACAUAGAUGAAGAUGAAAUAACCUCUAGUUUCCGCCGCUUUGGUCACCUGGUGGUGGACUGGCCGCACAAAGCUGAGAGCAAAUCUUACUUUCCACCUAAAGGAUACGCAUUCCUGCUGUUCCAGGAGGAGAGCUCAGUGCAGGCUCUGAUCGAAGCCUGCAUGGAGGAGGAUGGGAAGCUCUACCUGUGCGUCUCCAGUCCCACUAUUAAGGACAAACCAGUGCAAAUUCGACCUUGGAACCUGAGCGACAGUGACUUUGUGAUGGACGGAUCUCAGCCCCUUGAUCCCCGCAAGACCAUCUUUGUGGGAGGUGUCCCUCGUCCCCUGAGAGCAAUUGAGCUGGCCAUGAUCAUGGAUCGUCUCUAUGGUGGAGUCUGUUACGCGGGAAUUGACACUGAUCCUGAACUCAAAUACCCCAAGGGUGCCGGACGAGUGGCCUUCUCCAACCAGCAGAGUUACAUCGCGGCCAUCAGCGCCAGAUUUGUCCAACUGCAGCAUGGUGACAUCGAUAAGCGGGUGGAGGUGAAGCCCUACGUCCUGGACGACCAGCUCUGCGAUGAGUGUCAGGGUGCACGCUGUGGGGGGAAAUUCGCUCCCUUCUUCUGUGCGAACGUCACCUGUCUGCAGUACUACUGUGAGUUCUGCUGGGCCAACAUUCACUCCCGCGCCGGACGGGAGUUUCACAAGCCCCUGGUCAAAGAAGGAGCUGACCGCCCCCGCCAGAUUCACUUCCGCUGGAACUAGAGGUGCAAGUGGUGACACGGUCAGAGGGAAGGGAAAUGAAACACUGGCUA